UAUUGUUCACAUAUUGACCGUAUAUUUUCAGGCACACGGGAUAAAAUUCAGUCUUUUAUUAAUAACUUUUGACCAUGUAUUAUUGUGGAGAAUAUAAUUUUACGGACAUCUGGGUGGACAAUGGCCUUAACAGGUGUUUUUACGAGACUGUAUGGUCCAUCAUACUAGUAGCAUUUAUGACCAUCGCAGGUUCAGGACAAUUAGCAACUUUUACCAAAUAUGGAAGGAGAAUUGAAUCAAACUUCAAACCUAGUGCUAUUGGAAUGGUUCUUCAGAUCACGAUAAUUGUUCUCUUAAUGAACGAAGUGAUGAUUCACGUAAUACUUCACGACACUACUAUUGGAAACAGGGAUUUAUCAGGGUUCCAUGUUGUGGUAUUGUUCAGCAUGUUUUACGUUUGGUCCUUCUGUCUGAAACUGAUUGUGUUAGAAAGGAAUCAGACAUUACCCCGAUUUGUCAAAGGUCAUGGAUUUGUGCUACUGAUGUUUUGGACUUUGGUUUUUGUCAAAGAGAGUCUGUAUUUUGUUUCUUGGAACAGCAAGAUAUACUGGUGGAAUGAAGACACUGUCUCCAAAAAAGUGGAAUUCGGACUAUGGCUUGUCCGGUAUAUUGGAAUAAUCUGUUUAAUGAUUCUUGGCUUCUUGGCCCCAAGUAUGCCAAAGAACAGCGCCCACUUAACCACAAGCAUUAGAAAGGAACCGAAAUCAAAGCGAAAAGAAUCAAGUUGGGGAAGUUUGAUGGAUAACAUUAAAAUGAUGAUUCCAAUUGUUUGGCCGACGGGAAGUAUUUGGCGCCAGAUGUUGGUGUUGUUCUGUUUCGUCAUUCUUGUUUCUGGACGUGUUGUUAACCUUUUUGUUCCCGAAUACACAAAACUUAUAGUCGACAGUUUGACCCCAUAUAAGGACGAGUCAGGUCAAGUGAUUUCGCCAGUCUUCAGAUGGGACUUGAUUCUCUUGUAUUGUCUACUGCUGUUUAUGAGGGGAGGUGGAACAGGUACAACUGGGUUCCUGAACAAUAUGCGAGCUUUUCUGUGGAUUCCGAUUCAGCAAUACACGACACGACGGAUACAACUUAAAUUUUUACGGCAUCUUCACAGUUUAUCUUUGCGCUGGCACUUGGAGAGAAAAACGGGAGAGGUACUGAGGACGAUAGACAGAGGGACAACAAGUAUUAACAGUUUGUUAGGGUAUAUAUUAUUCAACAUCUUUCCAACCAUUGUGGAUGUUAUUCUUGCCAUUAUGUACUUCGUUUUGGCUUUCAACUACAUUUUUGGGAUCAUUACAUUUAUGUGCAUGCUGUUGUAUCUAGGUAUCACCAUUUUGAUAACAGAAUGGCGUACAAAAUACCGACGACUUCAAAACAGGCUUGACAAUCAACGAAACCAGACAGCCGUGGAUUCCUUGCUGAAUUUUGAAACGGUGAAAUAUUAUGCAGCUUCAGACUUUGAAAUUAGCAGAUACGACAAAGCAAUUCACAGUUUUCAGGUGGCAGAAUUUAAGUCAACUGCUUCCUUAAACUUACUGAGCUGCCUACAGAACAUCACAAUCACCGUGGGGUUCUGUGUGGGAUCCUUAUUGUGUGCCUACUGUGUCAUUGACGACAUUGACGGCCUCAAACUUACUGUAGGAGACUACAUCCUGUUUGGAACCUAUAUCACUCAGUUAUAUGGUCCGCUGAAUUGGAUAGGAACAUACUACAGGAUGAUACAACAGGCCUUCAUUGACAUGGAAAACAUGUUCGAAUUGUUGCAAGAAAAGCCUGAGAUCACUGACCCAACUGGUGCAUCAGAUCUUGUGUUACACGGAGGACAGAUUGAAUUUAGGGACGUCAGUUUUAGCUAUAUGAAGGAGCGUCCUAUUUUGAAGAAUUUAUCCUUUACUGUUCCUGCAGGACAGACCUAUGCAUUGGUUGGUCAUUCUGGUAGCGGAAAAAGUACAAUUGUUCGACUUUUGUUCCGGUUUUAUGAUAUUCAAAGCGGAGAAAUUCUUAUUGAUGGGCAAGAUAUUUCACAGGUCACUCAAGUCUCACUCCAAAAACAGAUUGGGGUGGUUCCUCAAGACACAGUUUUGUUCAAUCAAGACAUCCGGUACAACAUUCGCUAUGGUAACCAGGAUGCAGAUGACAUCGAUGUUUUAGAUGCAGCAGAAGCAGCCGACAUCCACAACAGGAUUCUAAGCUUUCCUGACGGAUAUGAUACGGUGGUUGGAGAGAGGGGAUUAAAACUGAGUGGAGGCGAGAAACAAAGAGUCGCCAUUGCAAGAACUAUACUGAAAAAUCCUACAAUCGUGCUUCUUGAUGAGGCCACAUCAGCUCUUGAUACAAGCACAGAGAGAUAUAUUCAAGCCUCUUUGGAGGAAAUUUGCCGCAACCGAACUACGAUUAUCGUAGCUCAUCGAUUAUCGACGAUAAUACAUGCACAUCAAAUACUGGUGAUGAAAGAGGGUGUGAUUGUGGAGAAAGGAACCCAUAAUGAACUUUUGUUACACGGGGGAUUUUACAAGGAAAUGUGGAAACAACAGUUACAGAGUAACCUUGACAAAGACAAUGGGGCAUUAAGUUCUACGUCAUCAAAUGCUUCAGCGGAUGACGGUGCGAGUUGAUGAAGGCAUGAAUUAAUAUUGAUCUCGUGUUGUUUUUUUACCUGUGAAUCGGCUGGAUGGCCAGAAAAUGUGAAGAGAUAAUCAAUGCAUUUUUACAUGAUACAUUUUGUAUCAUUUAACUUUAUAUGAUACAUAGAAGAACGUUUUGAGAGUGAUUAAACAUUUAUUUUCAAAACAAUUUUUAACAGAUAUCGUCAUGUAAAACAAAUCAUCAUUUUUUGUAUACAUGGCUUUAUCUGCCGGAUUUACUUUGUAUGCAAUAAUAUUCUUAUAAAACAACAAUUGAAUGCGACUGAGUGAUAACUGUAGUUGUAAUAAGGAUUAUGUAUGUUUAUAAGGCUGGUCCUUAGAGUAAGUUUGAUAGAAUAUUUUUUUCACGAAUGAAAGUUAUUGAAUAAAAUUAAUAUUUUGCCUUUAAAAUAAAAAUUAUCAGAUUUAUUUUAAAAUGGAAUUGCAUCAUAUGGUAGAUAGUUAUUGAAAUUAGCUUGUUAUGAUUUGUUGUCAGAGCUUAUGACGAAGAAGAAUAAAAAAUAAUUCUAUAU